AUGAUGAAGAAUAACAGCAGUAUUUUACUCCUGGGUCUUUCCUGGCUCCUGCUGCUGCUGUGUGUGACCCCUGGAAGUCUGGGUCAGGAUGAUGCAUCACCCAAACCUGUGCUGGGAGAGAGGGAUGCCCUGUGUUAUGAGAAAGCGUGCUACGCCGUGUUUCUUCAGAGGAAGCCGUUCAGAGACGCCGGCCGCAGCUGCAGGGAGAAGGGCGGGACUCUGGCCACGAUGCACGACUACACGGAGGCGGGCGUGGUCCAGGACCUGUUGUACCAGCUGGAGGCUCAGGGGAAGUCCACUCUGCGCCUGUGGAUCGGACUGCACCGGCCCCCGCGACAGUGCUCCCCCACCAGGCCACUGAGAGGAUUCGUCUGGGUCACAGGAGACCAGGAUGGACAGUACACCAACUGGGAAAAAGAGGACAGUACCGGAGCAUGUGCUGCCCACCGCUGUGUUGCAAUGACGGUCCACAGCCGCGAGAGCAGCCACCAGGGGGAGCAGAACUACCAAUGGCUCGAUGGCUCUUGCAGUCUGGCCCUGGAUGGAUACGUGUGCCAGUACAACUACAAAGGCAUGUGCUCUCGACUGAGCGAUGAGGGUAAAGGCCCGGCCGUCUAUACCACACCGUUUAACUACGUCAGCUCCUGGCUAAAGCACAUCCCAUACGGCUCGGUGGCUACGCUCCCUUGCCCCCCUGACAGCUCCGAUCCAGAUUCCCCAAACGAGCAAACUGUCCUGUGCAUGGAGAGAGAUGACCAAACCGUGGGCUGGUCUAGAGAUGCUCCCCUUUGCUCCGUUAACACAUCUCCUGAAACCGACUGGUGCAGCAAGGACCACGGAUGCGAGCAUUUUUGCGAAAACGGCGAAACAGACUACUACUGCUACUGCUCUGAAGGGUUUAUAUUGGAUGAAGAUGGCUAUGGCUGCAAACUCGACCCGCCUCCCAAACUUUCAUCUGACUCAGCUGGCCCUACAGAGCAACCCCAUUUGAAAGAAGUAUGCGUGGAUAUGGGGUGCGCCUACGAUUGCGUCGAAACGCCACGUGGGGUUCGAUGCAUUUGCCCUCCCGGAUAUCAAAUGGGCUUCGACGGUCGCGAAUGCAAAGACGUGGACGAAUGCCAACAAGACCCCUGCCCCCAGCUUUGCGCCAACAUCCCAGGAACUUUCCAUUGCACAUGCCAUACGGGGUACCAGCAAGAUGACGAGGGUGAAUGUGUUGACGUAGAUGAGUGCUUGGAUGAGAAUAGCUGUGAAGGAACUUGCGAAAACACAGACGGGUCUUUCAGCUGUCAAUGCACGCCUGGUUACGAACUGACCGAUGAUGGAGGGUGUGGCGAUAUCGAUGAGUGCAUCAAUGGGUCGCCUUGUCAACAGCAGUGUCUAAACUUUCUGGGCGGCUACCAGUGCUUCUGCGACGACGGCUAUGAUCUCGAUCAAGACGGUUAUACAUGCACCCCUUUAAACGAGGAUGAAGAAUACUCAAGUUUGACUCCAGAUCCAAUUGAUUCCGCUCAUGUAGAGGACAUUGACCCAAAUGGUGACUUACCGUGGUCCACCUCAUUCACUCCAGACACAAAUUUUGAAGUUGACACAGAUUUCGAUCAGGGUUGGUACACAGACAGCCCAGAGCACCUCUUGCCAAACCACGGUUCAGACAAUGACUUGAAUCAAUUCGAUGUCCCAGCCUCACAUCACACCGUUCAACCUCCAACGCAAAAAUACCCCACCGGGAAUGAAAUCGGCAACGAAAGCAAACCAAAAGUGAACACGCAACAAGAAACAGAGGCAGUAGGGGCGAAAGAGUCAUCAGCUGUUGGUAAAGGCGAAAGCUUGCAGAUAGACAGCCCUGGAGAUGUCUACAGCACAGCACCGUCGGAGCAAGGCAGACAGAAGCAGGACAAGAGCUGGCUGUUGGUGGCGCUGUUGGUUCCUCUAUGUGUGUUUUUGGUUGUCAUGCUCGCUCUAGGCAUUGUUUACUGUACAAGCUGUGCCGUCGAUAAGUCCCUGCGCUUCUCAGACUGUUACCGCUGGAUACUGCCCACGACGCCCCCUGCACAGAGCGAUGGGAAACCCCGAGCGUGA